AAAACUCGGAACCUCCACAAAAAAUGAAGGAAUUAUUGAAGGAGUUCCAAGACAUUCUUCCCGACGACCUUCCGAACGAGCUGCCACCAUACCGAACGCGCCAAUACGAGAUCGUGGAAGUACCAUGUUCGAAGCCGACCUUCCGAACACCAUAUCAGCUCAGCCCCAUGGAGCUAGUCGACAUGAAGAAAUGGAUCGAGUAUCUCCUCGCAAAAGGACUCAUCCGACCAGCCACUUCGCCCUACAGUGCCCCAGUACUCUUCACACCGAAACCAGACGGAAGCCUGCGCAUGUGCAUCGAUUACCGAGCUCUCAACAAGCAGACCAUCAAGAACAAAUACCCAAUCCCUCGAAUCGAUGACCUGCUUGACCAGCUUCUGGAAGCCAUGGUAUUUUCCAAACUAGAUCCGUGGUCCGGGUACUGGCAAGUACAAAUGGCGGACAAUUCCAUCCAUAAAAAUGCCUUCCAAACUCGGUACGGGUCGUACGAGUAUCUGGUAAUGCCGUUCGGACUCACCAACGCACCGGAAACAUUCCAAGCCGAAAUCAACCAUAUUCUACGCCCACUCUUGGACGAAUGCGUGGUGCUUUACCUAGACGACAUCCUCAUAUACUCACGCGACAUGCAGUCAAAGAGAUCAGCCCACUCCUCGAGGGACUCUUCACACACGGGGAUCAACGGAAAUCUGGGUACCCAAUUACCCUCCUUUGCGCCAAUUACUACUCUAAGAAUACCACGAUGUUCUAUAUGCGGGACACUUCAGAAGCAACAAAACGCUCACCGGUAUUGCAAAGCACUACUACUGGCCCCACAUGGCAGACAACGUCCAGCAAUUUGUCACCUCGUGUACGACAUGUCAACGGAUGAAGAGCAGCAAGCAGAAACAGGCAGGACUGCUACAGCCUCUUCCUCUCCAGAAAAGCCAUGGCAAGUGGUUCGCCUGGAUUUCAUAACCGGGUUACCAACUAUCACAGGCGGUCAUGACGCAAUCCUCGUCGUCAUCGACAAAUUCUCCAAAAUGUGACACUUCAUCUCGACACACACGACAG